GAAAUCACCAUGAAGAGUCAAACUUUUCGUUAACUUUGAGUCACCCUAAGCCCGCAUUUGACGAAAGUGAAGAGAGUGUUUUGAUUUUUUUCGCAGAGGCUCGUCUUUGUUUUGACAUCUCGUCGUCGUCGUCGUCGUGAAAAUUUUUAAUGGCGUCCACGAAACGAAAACAAAUUGUGUGAUCGCGCUUGUUUUAUCGGAAAAUAUUCGCGAAAAUUGUGCCCCAUUACGGUGAAAUUAGUGUAGAAAGGAACCCGCUCCGCAAUGGCGUCCAGCCAACGUGCAUUUGCAUCGAAAUUGACAAAGCACAAUUCAUCCGACAUUCGCAAGAAUGUAGCCAACUACCAGCUGCUGUCCAAGAGUGACAGCAGUUCCGUAUGUUCGUCGUCGAUUUCUUUGUGUGAGCUGGUGGAACCGAUCGAUUACGAGGAGUUUUUGGCGCAGCAUUCCAACGUGUUGGCCAGGGAUCCGCUGAGGGCAAUGUUGGACUUUCCGGCUAAUGACGUGCAGGUGAAAGUGGUGCCUAGGAAGAUCCGGACCUUGGAGCAUGUGGUUCCGAAGGAGGAUUUAGGGGAACUGCCGUUGCAUGUACAGCACUGUGUGGAUUGCUAUACGAGGCCCUGGAAAGUGGUGGAGUUUAGUCAGAGGAGUUUCUCCAGCUCGUGCAGCAGUAGGGAACGAGUGGACAAGGGAGCGCUGAGUCCAACUUCAUAUCAGCAGGAGUUUGAAGUGGAUCGGGAUUAUUUCGGAUGUGCUUCGUUGGAGGAAUCGGUCACUUCGACGACUUUGUAUGCCAGCGAAAGUUGCACCCCGAGUAGUAGGCAGUCCAUUGCCAGCUUGUCAUCGGUUUCGACUUGUACGGAUACGCUAACUCCGAGGGGGUCGUGGGCUUCUUUCGAUUUGAGAAGCUCCGUCAAUGAUCCGUUGAUUCCGGGUCUACUGGACCGGGUGGCUCCGGAAACUAUCGAUCAGGGGAAUGAAGCAAAGCGAUUGGAGGAAAGACAGCAAGCAUUGUUCACCUUAUAUCCGGAAGGAGAUCCGGAGGAUGCCAUCGAGAAACGUCUUCCAGCGGAGAUUCCUAUGGAACAUCUGGGCAACCGGAUUCAUGUCAAAUGUCUGCAACUGAAAUUGGAGCUUGAGGUGGAACCGAUCUUUGCAUCGAUGGCCAUUUACGACGCCAAGGAGCGUAAGAAGAUUUCGGAGAAUUUCUACUUCGAUAUGAACUCUGAAUCGCUUCGGCGGAUGUUGAUUUCUCACGUUCCGUUUGCGGAUAUCAGCACUCAGGCAAGAGAGGCCAUUUUCGAUAUUACGAAUCCUAGCAAUGAACUUUACUUGGUCAUUCGUUUGGAGAAGGUUCUUCAGGGUGAUAUCAAAGAUUCAGUUGAACCGUACUUGAAGGAAGAUAAGGACAAAUACCGCGAUAAGGCCAAAUCAAACGCCGCAGACUUUUGUGACCGCUUAGGAAAGUAUCGGAUGCCAUUUGCUUGGACGGGGAUAUAUUUAACAAACAUUUUCAACGGUGACAAUCCAGAGAACGAUAAAGACCGGGAAAGUAUGAGUUCCGCUUCUAGCUCCAACAGCCUGGACAGGAAGUCAUCCACAAGCAGUUUUGAUCAAUUCCGCAAACGAGCCACCGACAUGGGAACUCUGACCCGACGAGGAUCGCUAGAGAGAAAAAUGGAAAAACGCAGGUCCUGGUCUCCGGAUGAUUUUGCCAACAGCGUUGAGACGUUCCGCCCCAUCUCCAUAACUGUCAACAGCUUCUUCAAACAGGAAUCGGAUAAAAUGAAAGACGAAGAGCUGUACAAGUUCCUUCCGGAGUUGAAGCGCCCUGGAGCGUUGAUGAAAAAGCACAAAUGUAUCCCCGGAUCCAUUAAAAUAGAAAUCUCUCCAAUCCUGGAAGACCUGAAAUGUGCUCUCACCCCGGAAUUGGCCAAAAUCGAUCCCUACCCGAAUGAUCAUACGCGGCCAACCAAAGAAAUCCUCGAGUUUCCUUCCACGCCGAUCCUCAAUCCUCACUACAGCUACCGCAAUAUCCUCUUUGUAUCUCCAAAAGAACUGAACUUCUCUACCCGUGCUGGUUCCGCCCGGAACAUCGCCGUUCGUGUCCAGCUGAUGUCCGGCGAACGCCAAUUUGACGCUCUUCCGGCCAUCUUCGGUAAAAGUUCCUGCCCGGAAUACACCGCGGAAGCCUUCACUGCCGUCAACUAUCACAACAAACAGCCCACCUUCUACGACGAGAUCAAAAUCGCCCUUCCGGCUAACCUCAAGCAGAACCACCACAUCCUGUUCACCCUGUUCCACGUAUCCUGCCAGAAGAAGCCCCAGGAGAUCCAACCGACCAUUGAAACUCCCGUCGGAUACACUUGGCUUCCGGUCCUCAAAGACGGCCAUCUCAACGUCGGAGAAUUCAACCUUCCGGUCAUGGUGGAAGAACCGCCGGAUAACUACUCUUUCAUUCCACCAGACGUCCAGCUGCCGGGUACCAAGUGGCUCGACAACCACCGUCCGGUAUUCUCGGUCACCAUCGACGCCGUAACGUCGGUACACGCCAUGGACGACUAUCUGGACAAAUUCGUCUUUCUGUGCGAGUGUCUCGAUCUGCGUAAGGUUCCGCCGCGUAUCGGCGAGGGUAACAUGGAGCGGGAGUUCAAGCGAACGCUGCAAGAGCUGCAGGCCGCCGAUCAGGAGAAGCUGGUCAAGAAUCUGCAGGUCAUUUUGGAUAAGCUCAUUGAGCUGUUGGUUACCACGUACCGGAUCGGAGGGGAAGCCCUUUCCCUGGGGCAGACCAUAUUCGAAACGAUCUGUCAGAUUUCGGAUAAAAUAUUUUUCCUUCAACCGGAAGACCGCUACGGCCGACAGAACAUCCUCAGCACGUACAUCCAGUUCCAGUGCAAGAUCCCGCACCCGUUGGACCCGAAAUGUAAACUUCCCUUCGCGCGUCCGGGUGCAGUCGGUUCGUCGGAAGAGAUGACCCGUUCGUCCAGUAAUCCGGACUUGCAUCAGGCGAAUUCCGCCUACUCGGAAAUGACCAGUUCGAUGAGUGGCAAGCUGGUCGAUCGUACGUCCAGUAUGCGCGGCGAGAUGUCCCCAACGGCUAGUGGCCCCAAGGAUGGGUUGAUCCGACUGUUGCACGAGGAAAUCGCCAAGAACUGGGUGGUGGCCAGUGGGUCGGCGGCCGAGCUGUCGAUGACCAAUUCGUGGAUGCUGUUCGAACUGAUCGUGAAGAGUAUGGUGGAGCAUCUGGAGUUGACGAAUUCGUUGAACUCUCCUCGGAAGAGCCGCUUUCCACAUCAAUAUACGGAUGAUAUUUCCACAUUGGUACAUUUGGUGACUACGAAAGUGGUUGGAUAUAAUAGUAGCGAUCCCAAGUUGGCCCAAUCGAUUAACGCCAGUUUGGCAUUUUUCAUCUUCGAUCUGCUGAGCAUCAUGGAUCGCGGAUUCGUUUUUGGGUUGAUCAGAACGUAUUACAAGGUGAUCAUGACCAAGAGUGCGCCGACGCCGGAGAUGAUCCACUACAAACUGGACUUUUUGAGGAUUAUUUGCAGUCACGAACAUUUUGUGGCAUUGAAUCUGCCGUUCGGAACUCCCUAUACUGCUCUCUCGGCUCCCUGCAGUCCUACACCGAGUGUCACUUCGAACAACAGCCAGAAUUCGUACGUAAGCGCAAUGGCAGGUAUCGACAAAGCUCUCUAUGCCGAACUUAGCGUAGAGUUCCGGCAACAGCACUUCCUGGUGGGAUUGGUUCUUCAGGAACUAGCAACAGUCCUGGAUAUCUCCAAUCCGCCACUUCACGGAAAGGCAAUUCGCUGUUUGCGCAAUCUACUAACAUCCCAUGACUUGGAUCCACGCUACAACGAUGUGGAAGCCCGAGCUCGCGUGGCCGCUCUCUACAUUCCUCUGCUGGGUAUCGUCAAGGAUGCCAUUCCUCAGUUACAUACCCCGAUCGCAGAGUCCCACGAUCGGUUGAACACCAUUGGUCUCCUCGAAGAUUACCAAGGUCCUUCCACGUCGAUUGCUGCUUCCACCAUCAGUCCGGAGGUGGCGUAUGCUAUUUCCGGAAUUCGCAACUACAGUUACGUUCAGGAAACACCGAAAAACAAAACUCCGCUGAGCAGCGAAAACACUCGUCAUCUGCUGUCCUGCUUCCUGUGGGUGGUCAAAAACCUGGAACAAAGUACAUUGUUCAAGUACACCCUUGGGCUGAGUCCUCAUCGGGUCCAUCAGAUGCUUCAGGUGCUAAACAUCUGCAUCCCGAACUUCGAGUAUCGUGGACGGAAGAAGCCAACGUCCAAACGUAACACUUCAAGCUUCCGUAAAACCCCAGACAUGAAGGAGAAACUCGAGGAGUGCAUUCGUGGAACGGGUUCCGCCCGGAACGAUCUCAUCAAUAGGCGUAAGGAUCGGUACUCGACGGAAAAAUUCCGCUGGAAGAAGGACCAAAUCCGGACGCAGUUCUACGAUAGCAACAUCAAGAACGAAGCCGAGAUGGAGAUUACGUACUACAUUGAGGGAUCGCUGGCCACCGAGGUGUGCCUCACCAUUCUGGACACACUGGAGAUGGUCGUCCAGGUGGCGUCCACGUCGGAAUUGCAUCACAACUUGCUUGGAACGGUGUUGAAAGUGCUGCUGCAUGCUUUGUCGCGCAAUCAGAGCACACUGGCGCUGCAGAAUCUGUUUGCCUCGCAGCGAUCGCUCAUUUUCAAAUAUCACAAUUUGCUGUUCGACGAGGAAACGGACAGCUGUGCGGAUUUGUGUUUAUUGCUUUUGAAACACUGUGGUUCCCAGCUGGCUAGCGUGCGUUCACAAGCAGCUGCUUCGUUAUAUCUGCUUAUGAGACAGAACUUCGAGAUCGGAAACAAUUUCGCGCGCGUAAAGAUGCAGGUGACCAUGUCACUCAGUUCCUUGGUUGGCACCAGUUCCUCUUUUAGUGAACAAUCCCUUCGCCGUGCUUUGAAAACUAUCUUAGUGUAUGCUGAAUCCGAUGCCGAUCUGCAGGAUACGUCGUUCCCGGAGCAGGUUCAAGAUCUGCUGUUCAACCUCCACAUGAUCCUGUCCGACACAGUCAAAAUGAAAGAAUACCAGGAAGAUCCGGAAAUGUUGCUCGAUCUCAUGAAUCGUAUUGCCAAAGGAUAUCAGAAUUCACCGGAUCUCCGGCUGACUUGGUUGGAGAACAUGGCCAAGAAGCAUAUGGAGCGUGCGAAUCACACCGAAGCGGCAAUGUGCUAUGUCCACAGUGCUGCCCUCGUAGCUGAGUACUUAAGUAUGCUAGAAUCACAAACUCACCUUCCGGUGGGUGCAGUUUCGUUUAAGCAUAUAUCUCCAAAUGCACUGAUGGAAUCGGCGGUUUCCGACGACGUCCUAAGUCCCGGUGAGGAUGGUAUUUGCCUGGGAAAUCGGUUCACCGAAAGUGGAUUGAAAGCAUUGCUCGAAGAAGCUUCCAACUCAUUCCAAAUUGCAGGAAUGUAUGAAGCAAUGAACGAUGUCUACAAGGUGUUGAUACCAAUUUGCGAAGCAAAUCGGGACUUCCGCAAGCUUGGUCAAAUUCACGGUAAGCUUCAGGAAGCAUUCAAUCGCAUCGCUCAGCUACAUGGAAAGCGUGUGUUUGGCACCUACUUCCGAGUAGGAUUUUACGGAGCCAAGUUCGGUGAUCUGGAUCAACAGGAAUUUAUCUACAAGGAACCAACCCUAACAAAACUUCCGGAAAUAUUCAGCCGUUUGCAGAACUUCUAUGCUGAUCGUUUUGGACCGGAUGUGGUUCAGAUCAUCAAAGAUUCCAAUGCAGUGGAUACGAGGACACUUGAUCCGGAGAAGGCGUUCAUUCAGAUAACCUACGUUGAACCGUACUUUGAGACCUAUGAGCUGCGAUACAGGGAAACGUACUUCGAGAGGAACUUCAACAUAAAGCGCUUUAUCUUCGCAACACCGUUUACAAAAUCCGGAAAAGCGCACGGCGAGUUGCACGAACAGUGCAAGCGGAAAACCAUUCUUACCACGGCGAAUCACUUCCCGUACGUGAAGACCCGUAUCCAGGUCGUCAGCCGGGAGCAAAUUGUGCUGGAACCGAUCGAGGUCGCCAUCGAAGACAUUCAGAAAAAGACUGCCGAAUUGGCCGCCGCCACCAACCAGGAGCCGGCGGAUCCGAAAAUUUUACAAAUGGUAUUACAGGGUUGCAUCGGAACCACCGUCAAUCAGGGCCCGAUGGAGAUGGCACUGGUGUUUUUGUCGGGUAUCGCGGAUAGCACAACCAUUCCUACGAAGCACCAGAAUAAGCUGCGGCUGUGCUUCAAAGAUUUUUCCAAAAAGUGUUCCGAUGCGCUGAAGAAGAAUCGCAAUCUGAUUCUUUCCGAUCAGAAAGACUAUCAGAAGGAGCUGGAGCGGAAUUAUGCUCGUUUCACCGAACGGCUAGCGCCGUUGAUAACCAUUAGCCCAUCGCAAGCGCAAGGGGUGAUAGCGGCUAACAAUGGACUGCACAACAGUAAGUUAACACCGUUGAGAUGGUAGGUAAGUAGCCGAUGAAUGUAAUUUUAAACACAUUUUUUUUAAAUAUCUCCUUAUGAAUGGAUAACCAGAAAAAAUUGAAAUCACGAUUACGGUACUGAAUUUGGUUUUAAAUUCUAUAACCAAUUUUUAAUGAUUCUCAUUCGUAUUAUUCCUCAAUUUAUAUGUUAUGUUUUAAUGCAAUACGUGAAGCCAAAAAUUAUUAUUUUACUUUUACCAGUGUUUGUCUUAUGAAAAUAUGUUAUCAAUCAUGUAUUAUUUUUAGAUUUCAUAUAUUUUCGUUAUAUUACAAUACUUGCACACUAGCAAAAAAAUAUCAAAUCAUGAUUGAAAUUAUAAAACUUAUACAUAUUACAUACACACAUUUUACGUACUCGGAUCUAAUAUAAGCAAUCGUCAUAUUCAGA